AUGUAUCUACAAUAUGGGAGAUUAUGUACAAAGUGAAUAAGAAUUGGAAUCACAUGCAGAGCCCCAUCUUUUGAUCUCUUGGUUUAUACUCAAUCCUUGGUGACUGACACACAAAGUAUGUUAUAUUGUGACGCCUAAUGACUGGAAAAGCUAUGAGUUCCACAUAUGCUUAACAAAGAUACCUUCAAUAGAUAACAGGGACAUUACCUGUACCAGGCAUCCAUAAUGGCAAAACAAUGUGCCAGGGACCCAGGCUUGGAUGGCAUUAUACAGAAGGGUAACAUAUGUCACACAUGUGGGAAAGGUGAAAGUGGUGUUUUAAAUUCUAAUAAUUCUUGUCAGUCAUGUGUUUCAGUCACGAAGAAUCAUUCUUGCAUCUUUUGCCCCAUAGUUCUUACACCUAAGGUAGUUAAUGAUGUAGCUAGUGUCAACUUUGCCACAUUGAAAUCUAUGAAUGGUGAAUUGAAAUGUUCAAGUAGAUGUAAUUCAACUGAAAUAUUUACAAAUCAAAAGGAUUGGGAGCAACAUGUAGUAAGUUGUGUCCAUGCUAUUACUGAUAAUUUGAAACUAUUUCACAAUGGUGGUACUGAUGGAAUUGUUGAUUGUGCAAAUGCAGAUAAGAUCAAUUUGAAUCAAGUGGAUGCUAAUGAUGAUAAUACGGCUCCAAGAACAAAGAGCAGAAAUAGUAUUGAUCAGGAUGUCAAUAGAAAUCAAAUAUUUUACAAUGGGCCAACAAUUAAAUGUGCAUGCAAACUACUCUUCGCGAAUAUGACAUCAUUUUAUAAUCACAGAGUAGAUUGUACUGGGAAAUAUGGAAAAUUGUCACCAACUUUGAGAAAAACACAUUACAUAUAUGAGUGUGAAUGUUCAGCAAAAUUUGUGAACAUACUCCAAGUCCACAGACAUAUGGAAAUGUGUGAAGGACCUUUAUGUGUCGUAUCUCCUUCUGACACCAUGGAAGAUAACAAAAAUGAAAUAUGUUAUGCCGCUGUCAAGGCUGAGCCCGAUGAAGUGGUUAUAAAAAAGGAGAUUGAUGAGAAUGAUAGUGAAGAGUUAUCCUUCAAACUUAACAUUCCAGAUUUACCAAAUGAAAGGGUGAAAAGAAGUUCUCAAAUAUUCGAUGCCAAGACCAAUGCCCCUGUGUUACCAGUUGAUGAAACAAGAUAUAAUGUAACAAGAGGAAUACUGGGAGCGAAAAAAGAUAAAGAGCCAUCUAAAGAAGGACUCAAACAUAAAUAUAAAAUACUUCCUCAAGUUGCUAGAGAAAAGACUUGUGGCCCCAGAACUCUUACAGCUAAAGACAAUACUCCACUCAAACAUACCAUGUUUUCUGAUAUUCAAAAGACUCCAUGCGGACCUAGAUUUAAACCCACUGAAGCGAUAUGUAAGCCAUCCAUGGAGGACCAUAGUAUUAAAUUGACCACUUGCCCUAGUCUACCACAUGCUGCUUUGAAAAGGGCGACAGACAAAUCCUCACCUAGCAAUUAUAAUAUUAAACAAAAUACUGAGGAUUCAACUAAUACAAAAAUGGUCAAUGAAAAAGCGAAGAUUAAUGAAAACGAGGAAAGAUUUAAAUGUGAGUGUGGCAAGUCCUUUGGGAGAAUCACCACUUUCAAAAGUCAUCAGAAGUUUGGGUGUAGAAGAUUGGGUGACAUGAAUGAUACUGAGAAUGAUGAUAAUGAGACAAUAACAGAAGAUAACGUAACAAAUGAAGAUGAAGAUCCUGAUUAUAAUUAUUCUAGUGAUACUGCAGACUCAGAUGACCUUAUUAAACCAGGGCAAGCUGAUGAUAUCAGGGAUGAUCCAGAUUUUGAAAUAAGUAAAGUAUCUAGGAAAAGAAGUCCAAAUAAAGCUAGUUCAAGAAAUAAAAAGCCAAGAUUAGAUGGAAAAUCUAAUGAUGUAGUAAUUGUGGAUGAUUUAAUGGAUGAGAAUGCUUGUGAAGAAAUGUUGAAUGUAGUCAAUACAGCUCUUUCGGUUACAGAUCAUGAACUUGAGCUAAUUAGUCAAAGAGAGAGUGCAAACAUAAAGUGGAUAGAUUGCAGAUUUUGUAACAGAAAGUUCACAGAGCCUCAUCAUGUUUUGAGUCAUGAAGGACGCUGUGGAUCAUUACAUGGGAAAACUGGAGAAACAGUCUUUUGUUGCCAUUGCUCAAAGACCAGAGUCUACCCAACUCCACGUCUACUCGCUGAACAUGAGAAAGACUGCUGGAUAUUUAGAAACGUAGCAGUCUUAGAUUAUAACGCAAAUCCACUAAGAUUAAAAUGCAUGCUGUGUAAGACUGUCUUUCUUGAUGAAUUUGUGCACAAGCAUUGGGCUAACUGUAAGAUGAGAACUAAACAUGUUCAAGAUAAUAAAAUGUACCCUUGUAAGUUUUGUGGCUACAUCUACUACAAUCCAUUGUGUUUAGGCCACCAUCAAAUGCAGUGCAAAGAGGGAAAUCUGUACGGAGGCAAUGACAAUAAGCAGUCUUCAAGGGUGAAAUGUCAACAUUGUAACAGAAUCUUUUUUAAACAGCAACUAAAGAAGCAUAUGAAGAGGUGUGAACUUCAGCAUUCACCAAACAGUCAACUUGGCCAGUCGAAACCUUUGAGUUUACAGUCAAAAGUGAAUACUUCAGAAUCGGUCACUCCUGGAAGUCAAACUGUUGCUGCCUUGGUGGUGAAGGGAAAUAUAAAUGGGCCUAUAACUCUGCAAUUACCAAAAAUGGGACCCAUAACUAAUGAUACAGUUAAAAUACUUCAAAUAUCUGCUUCAACUGGGAACACAAAUCCACAGAUAAAUGUUGUAGGAAAAAGUGAAGUUAUGCCAUUAGUUAACAAUAUUUCCUCAUCAAUUUUGGGCCAGCAGUCUACAACUUCUCGUGUCAUAUCCUCUUUACCUAAAACUAAUUCAGCACAUACCAAGCGUGUAACUCCAACCAUGAUCAUUCCAAAGCCUGCUGAUGGAACUUCAACUUCAACAGAUGCUGCUAGGAAAACUAGUACAGUUAGCCUUAUUCAGAAAAAACAUGCACAACCAAAAGGAAAUCUAGAUAUGAAGGGAGAUAAUGAUGUUGAAGUUGUUGAUGGAAAUUUACAUUUAUGCAUUGGCUGUGGGAAAUCAUUUCCUCAGCAGGCAUUCCUCGAACAUCAAAAGUCAUCUUGUGUCCCAGCAUCAAAAGUUGUUGGGUGUAGAGUUUGUAUGACACUGUUUUUACCUUCCAAGGAGAAUGCUUAUAAUAAGCACUGUGUUGUGUGCAGCUUGGACACUGAUGGUCUUGUUGUCUGCACGAGAUGUGGAGAUGCUUUUCCAAGCCAGAAAGAACUUGAUGAGCAUGAGGUUGGGUGUUUAGAGACACCAAGAUAUGAGUGCUUUCUUUGUGAAAGGCUCCUUCGUACCCAAAAGCAUCUUGAGGAACACACUGUUGAAUGUUCUACAGAUCAAAUGAAAUGUCAGCUCUGUGCUUUUCAGUUGGUGAAUGCUUAUCAAUGGCUCCACCAUGAGGAUGAUUGUGUAGCCAGUGUAUUUCAUGUUAUAUGCAUGUAUUGCAAGCAGACUUUUAAAUCUAAAGAAAUGGCUAAGAAGCAUCUGGAUAACUGUGACAAAAAAUCUGUCCAAAAGUCGAGGUCUCAAAUCCAAGUCACAUGUGAAGGAAAAAAUAGGUUAAAGUAUAUUAAGGGAAAGCUAUAUACAAAAUGUGAGAGCUCAAAUUGCACGACAGAACAUUAUAUAAAAACGACUGAGGCUAAACUAUUACCAAAUAUUGAUAAGUGCAUAUCUUGCCUUGGAGAAACUUGGCCAUGUUUAUUUUGUGGAAAUGGAAUCACCAGUGGGAAGUAUUCGAAUGUAAAACCUGAUGGAAGCGUAGGCCUGAGAUGUAUCAACUGUUAUUUUGUGAAGCCCUAUAGCAAGCUCAGACAACAUCAUUGUUCGUGUCUGAAAGAGCAUGCAAAGAAAAGAUGUAGAGGUUGUGCGAUUCAGUUUGAUGUCAAGAAUGGUAAGAAACCCUUUAUGCACCACGAAAUAGAAUGCCAAUCUAAACUUGAUGGGAAAUUACAUACUUGUUUCGAAUGUUUUACAGUGUUUCAGCACAAAUGUGAACUAGAUGCUCACAAGUUACAAUGUGAAAAAGAUAAAUCCGUGUCUUGCAAACACUGUCUUUUCCCCUGUAAAAACAAAAGAUUUAAGGAAGUACACGAAAGGCUGUGUUAUGCAAAUCAUUCUGUUAAAACAGAAAAGGACGAUGAAAUGGAAAAAUCAAAAGAUAAAUUCAUUCAUGUUGGAGAAUUUGCAUGGGGAAAAAAGAUCCCAGAUAAUGAAGUCUGUUUAUUGAGUGAAGAUGAAGGAAAAGACCUGCUUAUGAAAUUCAAAAUAUCUGCACCAGAAUCAUACAGUAAGUGCUUUAGUGAAAUACAAAAUGAUGAAGAAGACGACUUUGAAGCGAAGUUAAAGGCAAUGGGAGAAGCAGUAGAAAAUAUUGAUGAACAAAUGAUGCCUUCAAACAAGGUAUCUGAAUCUCAUGUUCUUGCAGGCAAGACUCAAUCUACUGAUGAGAAUACAGUUACAGUGAAAGAUGAACCCAUUGAUAUCAUAACCAUCAAAGAUGAACCUAUUGACACCAUAACCGUCAAAGAUGAGCCUAUAGAUGUAGAUUGCAAUUAUGAUGCAGAUGCCCCAGAAGGCAAGGCUCUUUGUCUUAUAUCUACUCCAUACUCUCUGAAGGAUGUAGAGGAUGAUUCUCUUGACAAGCAACCAGGCGAAAAUGAUGAGGAAGAGCCAAAAUCAAAAGAACCUGUCAAAGAGAUGAACUCUCAGUCUAAUGGACAUAUUACAACUGACAAUAGCCGUAAUGUGUUCCAGAAGUGUCCGUGUUGUUCAGUUGCUUUUACUUCAGAGGAGAGUAUUGUGAAGCAUUGGGUCAACGAUUGCGCUGUGUAUUGUAAGGCAUUCUGCAGAGUAUGUGGAGCAGGUAGUAGACAAGCGGAUACGGGACACAUAUGGUACACUCACAGUUCUGCUGAGGCAGUGAAACAUAGCACAGAGCGCCAUCUAUAUGUGUGCCCAGUCUGCCAGAGGUUCUAUACCAAGCCCAAGCUCUUUCUCCAACACAGGGAAAUGCACCUGAAGAAUAAGAUCCUGUAUGUGUGCAACAUGUGUAAGGUUUGCCUCAAUGACCCAGGAGAGAUGCAGAAGCAUGCUGCCCUUGAACAUCCCCUAUUGGGCACCAUAGCAUGCAGUAUUCUUAAGGACAACAAAACUGAUGUGAAAGCUAUUCAACCAAACAUAAAGGAUUGGUACAAGACACAUAACCAAGCUCUGUUGGAUGCCAUCAUGGAGGCCAAGCAUUGUAAUUCAACUUUUGGAGGAUCUCUUGCAUGGCACAUACAAAACUGUUUAACAGAGACACACAACCAGAUUGUUCACCAAAUCUACAGUCCAGAAUCCAUGGAUUUAGUCCAGAGGUUAAAGAUACAAUUAUCAACAAGGCCCGAAUAUGAACUUUUACCAAAGCUGAUACAACACAUUGAAUAUGUACUAAACACUCUAAAAUAUGCCAUUGAAUUUAGACUGCAUAAGACUUCGUAUGAUCGUGAUACGGAUAAACGUCUGAGAAAAAAUCUUAGGGCACAUUAUGUGGACCUGAUACGUUUCUUUGAGAAUCAGAAUGUCCGUACAGAAGGAAUACCUUUGUUUCAUGGGAGCACCAUAGAUGCAAUGAGAUCUCUUGAUAAGGCAGCCAAAGAAACUACCUACUGUAUGAAGCAACAGACUGAGGAUCAAAAAUCUGGUGAAUCGACUAAAUCGCCAAUAGUUAUCCAAUCAAACGAGUCAACAUCCAAGUUGCCAGAAACCAUUCUUUUAUCAGAGGCUUCAGUUGUUGGUGAGACCAGGCUGGUCCACUCAAACACCACGCCUAAUUUUACUCCAAUUAAUCAGAAAAAUGUUGCCCCAUCACUUCCUGUCAGCGUAGCUCCUAGUUCUACCCAGGUGGCAACACAGACCCAAGUGCCUGCUCCAAUCAGACAACUUGCCCCAUUAAUCGGUGCCAGUGUAGCUCGUAGUCCUACCCAGGUGCAAACACAGAUCCAAAUGUCUGCUCCAAUCAGACAAGUUGCCCCGCCUCUACCAUUGAAACCAGGUAGCAAUAUGAUCCUUGUUCCAGUGGGAACUUUACCAGGUCAGUCACAACCUUUUGUAGCAGUUCCUGUGCAACAAUGUCAGCCAGCAGUUUUACCAGCACGAAUGCCCCUACAGUUCCAAAUGGUCCAGUCAACAGGCACCUCACAGGCUUCGAACAUAGUCUCGUCUCAACCCUCCACCAAUAAACCGCCCACCAGAAUGCCUACCCUCAUUCCAAAACCAGGCUUACCCAAUCUUGUUGCCAAACCCACUCCACAUUCCUUAUUAGGCACUGAGAUACAGUCAUCUGAAAGUAUUUCGCCAUCCAUAAAGUCAGAACCAAUUGAGACGAAAGAAAAUCCACCAACCCACUUUACUAAAGCCAUUGAAAGCCCAAUUGAAAAAGAAGCCCAAGUGGAGCCUGAAACCCCUGUGGAAAGGGAAAUUGAAACCCCAAUGGAAACGGACACUAGCACACUCAUUCAGGCUCCACUUCCCAACAUACCAGGUCUAAAUCCAGCAGUCAUCACCAAUCCUGCGUUUGGUUCCAUAUUGCAACGCUUUCAGGAACUCAAUGAGAAUAUCCAUGAAGAGUCAGACAGGCUUGGUUUAGAGGUACAGAGGCGACUCCAAGAGGCCAGUAGGUCAAGCCAGCCUAGUGGCGGCAUGAGUCUAAUGAAUUUUAUGUCCUUGCCUUCACAGAUUAAUUUCAGUGAUGAUGAAAGUGAAAGUAAUGAUGGGUAGAGGUCCUAAAGGAGUUCAAAUACAUGGCAUCCAUAAAGUCUCUUUACGUAACUCACAGACUUUGUUUUGUAAAAAAAGACUUGUGUACAUUACUCAAUCAUUUUUAUGGGUUGAAGUAUUUAUUAACUGAAAAAAUUGCAAACUUUUUCCUGGUGUUAUGAUGACUAUUUAACUCAUUCAAAGCGCUUGUACAUGUACUUGAAAUAGCAAAGCUCAGAUUCAAAUCCAUUGAAAAAUAGUCCACUUAAAUGAGCAAACUAAAAUCCAGUUUUUUUUUGUAUAAAUAGGGAAUAUCUCAAUAUUGCAUCUUCAAAGGCUCUGAGACUGGCCAAAAGUGUUCAGAUUAUUUGAUGUUCACAUUUCAAGGCUUUAUAAACAUUUAAGUCAAUCAGAGAAAAUAUCUUACAUUGAGAGGUAUUCAGAUCAGAGAGAUGUUUGUAUAUACAGGUUUUACUGUAUGUGUUGGUCUAGGGAAGUGAUUAUUCAUGUAAAU